UCAAUUAAUCAACAGAUUUUGGAACAUUUAAACUGUAAAAAAAAGCCAAAAAAUCAAAUUAUUGUAAAACAAAGUGUUAAAAUGGUAAAUAUUUCUCUGACCUGAAAGAUUGAUUCAGUUUCUCGUAUUUAAAAAAAAUAUUUUUUACCCCCUUAGAAAUGGUAGAAAAGCAAAUGGUGCUCAUCCAGCAAUUGAUGAACAACCAACCAAAUAUUAGAAAUAUUUCUGUCAUAGCACACGUCGAUCAUGGCAAGAGUACAUUGACUGACUGUCUGGUAAUUAAGGCAAAAAUUGCAUCUGAAGAAUCUGGUGGUAAAAGAUACAUGGAUACAAGAGAGGACGAACAAGAAAGAGGUAUUACAAUUAAAAGUACAGCAAUUUCUCUCAAUUUUUCAGUACAAAACCCCGUCUUAUCCAAACAUAUGAAACAAGAUUAUAAUGGAAAUUCCUUUUUGAUCAAUUUGAUUGACUCCCCAGGGCACGUCGAUUUUUCAUCUGAGGUGACAGCAGCUCUCCGUGUUACAGAUGGUGCCCUCGUCGUAAUUGACUGUGUUGACGGAAUAUGCGUACAAACAGAGACUGUUUUAAGACAGGCAAUAGCUGAAAGGAUUAAACCAACAAUGGUGCUUAAUAAGAUAGACAGAGCUCUUCUAGAAUUAAGAGAAUCAAAAUUAGAUCUGGCUAGUAAAAUUAGAAGGAGAGUAGAAGAUUUCAAUGCCAAGUUACAGAUGAUCUGUCAAAAUAAUGAAGAUUGGACAAUUGACUCCUUAAAUCCUGCUCUAAACGAGAUUUCUUUCUGUUCAGGUUUACAAGGUUGGGGAUUCACUUUGAGAUCGUUUGCCAAAUUUUAUAUUAAAGAAUUCAAAAGAGAAGGAAAACCUAAUCCAGAACUGUUCAUCUGUAAAGCGUUAUGGACAGAAAAUUUGUGUUACUCCUCUGAUGAUCCUUUUGCAGCAGACGGCAAAUUCGUGAAAGACGGACCUCCUGAAAGAUCAGCUUUUAUCGUUUUCGUUUUGAAUCCAAUUUAUAAGGUAAAAGAACUCUGUGAAAAUCUUGAUCACGCUGGAAUAAUUGAAUAUUUGAGCAAAUUCAAUGUGAAAUUGACACUUGACACACUCAAACCAUUAAAAGUAUUCAAGGAUCUCUUCAAAUAUGUUAUGAGAACAUGGCUUCCAGCAGCAGAGAUGCUUUUGGAACAAAUUAUUAUUAAUUUGCCAUCACCUAAAACCGCUCAGAAAUAUCGUGCUGCUCAUCUUUAUACCGGUCCAAUUAAUGACAAGGCGGGUCAAUCUAUUCAAAAUGCAUCAGUCCAUAAGGAUGAUCCUUUCAUCAUGUAUGUUUCUAAAAUGGUACCAUUUUUAGAGAAUAGAUUCAUUGCAAUGGGCCGUGUUUUCGGUGGUGUUGUGAAACCUGGUAUGAAGGUACGAAUUCAAGGACCUGAUUAUCUUCCAGGAUCAAAAAAUGAUUUAUCGGUGAAAACAAUUCAAAGAACCGUCGUUCUUAUGGGAAGGACUAUCAAGGAUAUUGAUGAGUGUCCUGCAGGUAAUAUUGUCGGUCUUAUCGGAAUAGAUAAUGAAUUGAAGAAAACUGGUACAAUUACCAAUUGGGAUGAUUGCUUUAAUAUCAAGUCGAUGAAAUUUUCUGUCAGUCCUGUCGUAAAAUACGCUAUCAGGCCAAAAAACUCCUCCGAUUUGCCAAAAUUAAAGGCCGGUCUUCUGAAAUUGUCAAAAUCUGAUCCGCUUACACAAGUUAAUUUUUCUGAUAACGGUGAGUUGACAUUGGCAGGUGCAGGUGAGUUGCACUUGGAAAUUUCUAUCAACGAUCUUAGAAAAGAAUAUGCUAAUUGUGAAAUCAUCACAGGUGAGCCACAGGUAACUUAUAUUGAAGGAAUCUCAGAGUCAAUUACAUCGCCUAAAAUGAGCAAAUCUCCAAACAAACAUAAUAGAAUAUUUAUGUGUAUUGAGCCAUUAGAACAAAACAUUGUCGAACAUAUUGAAAGUGGUCUUCUUUGUAUCAAAGAUUCUAAAGAAAGAUCUGCUAAAUUCAGAGAGGUACUCAAUAUCAAAGACGAAUGGGUAAAGAAAAUACUUUUUUAUGGACCAGAGGAUAAAGGACCAAAUAUAGUAAUCGAUUCAACCAAAGGAAUUGCUUAUCUUAAUGAAAUUAAGGAAUAUAUGAGAGAAGGAUUCAGAGAGGUCACCACAAAAGGACCAUUGAUAGGUGAAAACUUGAGAGGCUGCAGAUUUGACUUGAUUGAUUGUACUCUGCACUCAGAUGCAAUUCACAGAACAGGUAACCAAAUUUCUCAGCCAAUGUCACAGAUCUGUAAAGGUCUCGUUCUUGCAGCAGAUCCAAUUUUAUACGAACCGAUUUUCAAGGCAGAAAUCAAUGUCUCAUCUGACCAAUUAGGAGGUGUUAACACCGUUUUAUCACAACGAAGAGGUAUUGCAGAGGAAUACAGACAAGAAGGAACAAUGAGAACAAUUGUUACAGGUUACAUCCCUGUAAGAGAAUCAUUCGGUUUCAAUUCCGCAUUAUUGAUGGCAACAAGAGGAGAAGCAUCAGUCGUUUUGACAUUUUCACACUACUCAGUUUUACCUGGUUCAUUAAAAGAAGAAUCAUCUUUACUUUAUCAGACAGUCACCUCUGUCAGAGAGAAAAAGGGCUUACACGAGUUAAAAGGCGCAGAAACCUAUUUCGAUACGCUUUAAGCAAUUAAAUCGAUCUUUUCAAAAAAAUUCUUUUUUCCAAUCAUUCAUUAUUUUCUGAAAUUUACAAAUAACUUUUGUUUUACUAAUUUUUUCUUUCAAACAUGAACGUAUUUUUCUAUAUUUUUUGCAAAAAGUUCAUCAUCAAAUAUGUUUAUGCGAUGAAAAUAAUUUUAUACAUGUUAAAAAACGAUUUACGUGUGAAAAAGUAUAAUUUAAGAUCAAAACCUCUUUAUUUAUAAAAAUACUAUUUCUUUUUAAAUGAGCUCAUUUUCAACAUUUGCAUCAUUCAUGACUGAUUGUUGUCUGACUGUUCAUCAAAUAUUUUGAGAAAUGAAUAUUUUUCAUUUUUCUCAAUAUUCUUUUUGAAAUCUUCUAAAGCAACUUUUCUAUUAACCUGAAUAUCUUUGUAACAAUCUUUAACAAAUUGUACGAUAAAUAAUUCAGUUGCUUUACCAACUAAAAUUGGUGCAUAAGUGGAAAUUUUUCCUACUCGUUCAUCGUUUUGCAUAAUUCGUUUGAUUCGAGCUGCAGGAAAUUUGAAUUUCUUCUUUUGAUCAGCUGCUUUUGUCGGUUUUUUCUCAUUAAUUUUCUCAUCCGAGACUGUAUUUGAUAUAUUUUUAUCAACAUCCGAAAGUUUGGUUGUUUCAUUUUUAUCAUCUGUGCCUGUUUUCUGUUCGAUUCCAUCACCUACAACUUUGUCUGAUUUAAUUUUCUCAUCUGUGUCUGUUUUAGAGUUUUUUGUGUCAUCUGAAAGAGUUUUUUGAUUUAUUGUAUCAUCUGAGCUUAUUUUUGUGUUUUUGGUCUCAUCAGAGCUCGUUUUUGUAUUUUGAUCUUCAAUUUUCUCAGUUUCUUUUUGUGCCUGAUUACUUUCUGAAUUAUUUUCAGAGUUUACUUCGGCUUGUUUUUCUGUUUCCUCAUUAUUUUUAGUUCGUUUGACUUGUUCUGAAACGAUUUCUUCAAUUUGUUUUUGAUCUUCUAUCAUUUACAGGGGUGCUUUUUUAUUGCUUUUAGUGAUGUGAAAUUCUUUUCUGACAAUUUUUGGCUUGUACACGUAUGAGGCUGUUGCUGUUUGUACCUAAUAGAAUGAUUCAGAUGAUGAAAAAAAGAGUUGUUGAUUGUUAAUUUUUUUUCAAGUGUUAUAUUUUCGAGUUAUAAUGUGUCAAUUUUCAAAAUAGUAGAUUUUAAAAAAAAAAUAUGUCUAAAAUAACUAGAUUCUCUUAUCUCAAGCUCAAC